UGUGUUCACUUAUUGUUGAGCGCCUGUUGCGCUUUAGAUUCGUUUUGAGUUAAAUAAUUCUAAUCGAUGAGAGCUACCUCCUUCAAUUGCAGAACCUUUAGCAAUGGCGCCAGUGAGCAAAGUUUGCAGCCCGAGAGAAGAGCACGUUUGAAUACAGCUCCGGGAAUGCCAGGAGCAGUGUCCGGCAAUGCGAACAUCAUUGGAAUUGGCGGACUCAAGCGCAACUACAACAUUCGCAGUGGUUCGAGUGCCAGUCACAUUACGGAUGACAGCAGCACGGAGAGUCUAGCUCCGGUUGGCAACUAUGCGGGCAGUUUCCGUAAUAGUCUCAGCAAAUCCGUGCAGAUAAACGAUGGGCGUAGAGGACCUGGUCCCGGACUGGGACAACGUGAUGAGCGUAUGGUUUUGGUAUCACGUAAGGUGCCAUUUUUGAUAUUCUCCGCAUUGCCCUACUACAAAGGCAAGAACGGACGUGCGGAACUUCGCAAGGAGGAUCGUCGACGUCGCAAUCCAUCCACUUCACGACCCUUGAGUUCCAUUAACGAUGCACCCUUUGAUCCCUUUGAUUUACUCGGCAUACAGAAGGCCGAAAGCGGUCAGGAUAUUUCCUAUGGCCAUUUGUUAAUACCGUCACGUCAGUAUGAAAAGGAGCGCAAGAAACACGGCAAUGCAUCCACAAAUCCCUCAAUAUUCGAGAAUCAAAUGGAGAUAACAAGCACAGCGGCUCUAAGAAAUCAUGGCAUAGCAAGGUUUGUGCCAACUCGAAGACAAUCUUUAGUUUUCUCUUUUAUUUUAUUGAAACAUACACAUUUAUUAAUAAUUUCCCAUUAUCACACAAUUCAUAGAACACAUGCCUCAUAA